UAUAGGCCAAGGCUUAUGAUGUACCAAAAUAAAUAAAUAAAAUAGUAGUCAGGGAACCAGUCAAUUCAUAACAUCAUCACACUGGGUUUCGGUACACUUAGGCCCUAGUGACAGAUGUCGUAUACUGUAUAUAUUGCAAUCGAAAACAAACCACAUUUAAGUAGGACAAUAAACAAUAUUCCAUCUCAGGCCAUUAUGUUUUAUUACCAUUACUCCGAUUCAGCAUGCCCGACUACCCAGCCUUGCGCUAUUAUAACUGUAGUCUUGCAAUCCAGACACUACAACAGAUGUGAGGACAGUAACCUCCUAAGCCUAAUAUAGAUCAUUUUUGUCAAAAGCCAUUGUAAAGACUCUUCUAAAUUACAUGGUUACAUACAGUACGAGGCAUCUCCCUAUAAAUAACACUUUGUAAUUACCGUUUAUAACGUCACUAUUGUAUACAGGGCAGAGGUGGGCACAGCCGCCCAGCCUUGACAUCUUGCACCCAUCCUAAAGCCAUUUUUAAUGUCUUCCGCCCAGCCUCAUACAAACCCUCUCGCCCACCCUAAAAAUCUUGCACAAAUACAAGUUUUUUCCCAAUUAAUUCUGUAGUUAUUAUAAUGCGACAAUGGGUUCUUCCACAAGUCAGAAUGUUGUUCGCCAGGAGUUGUCUGUCUGCAAAUUGGUACAGGCAGUUUAGGGUGUAGCCGAAAAUGCCUCGACUUGCCAAAAUAACGAUGCUAGGCUAUUGUUGUUGAUGCUAGGCUAUUGUUGAUGCUGGGCUAUUGUUUUUUAUCAUAAUUUUGUUUCCCAGUGGUCUUUCUAUGUAUCUAUUGAACUGCUUUUUAAUUUUUGUAAAUAAUAAUGUUAGCAAGCCCAGGCAUACCUCUUGCAUGAGUAAUCAUUGCAGAUUGUAUUGUACAGUGAACCAUUUUAAACGCGGUGUAUGGACGGUUUUACGUAUUCCAGGGUAAAGUUCAUGACCGCCAAGUACGUAAAAACGGGGAUUCCCCAUACUGGGAACGGCCGCUAAAUUGGCAUCUAUCACAAGCACGCACUGCCCUGGCCAAAAACCGUGAAACAUCCAUGGGGUAACCCCUCAUUGGUAAAAUUCGACACGAUUUUUCCAGUGGGGGUAAGUUGGAAAUUAGCUCUCAUGCAACAUACUUUCGACAUAGCCAGGCUAGUUUAAAAAAAAUUGAUGUCAAAGGUAAGACUGUUUUCCACAAAUGUCGUUUUAGAACAGCAUGCUCAGUCUUACGAUAUUGUUUUGAUUUACUUGUUGCAAUGAUUUCAAGAUCUUUAAUCAUUGUACUGUGUGUAAUACAUUGCGGUAAGUUUAUAAUAUCACUAAGCCUCUCUAGCCUAAUAUCGCUAACCGUACAUAGCGCUGAUAAGGCCUACUAGUGUUUAAUUAACAGUUGAAAGUGUUAGCUGGAUUAAUUUUCUCCGACUAACUUGAGCCUUGCGUGGAGGCAUCAACUACUACUGUUUUCCUAUUUAAUGUCACAGAGGGCUGCGGAAUGCGGGGAUGGCUUGGUAGAAUUGACGUGUAAAAGCAGGGCGUAGUUGUACAAUCGAUGUUUGUUUCCCACAAUAUAGCCAUUGUAACCAUGGAUCUUACUAUUCUUUUUCAUUUCGCUUUUAGUGAAGCGAAACUCGUGAGCAAGUCGAUGUUAAUUUGCAUUCAGGCUGUAUGUAAUUCAUGACUGAAAAUGGGGAAGUCCCUAGCUUACUAUAGCGGGAGAUCGUUAUCGUCACCCACCACCAGUCGUAGAUAUUUUGAACUAGGGAAAAUCAACAAAACAUGUUAAAUAUUAUAAAGGAUGUGAAAUUGUUUCCAUCAUUUCAUUAGUCCAAUUUAUGGAGUACCGUAUUUAUUAUAUUCUAAACGGAAGAAAAGCAGACAAUAUUAUGAUGAUUACAUGAUGAUGACCAAUGUAACGAAGGCUAGUGGUCACACAUGUUCAUGCCAAACCCACCCUAAAAAUUUUAACACCCACCCUCAGUUUUCAAUAGCUACAUCCCUGCAAUAUUUAAUGAUUUUUUUUUUAUUGAUUCCUUUUAAAAAAAUGUUUAGAUGUUCUUUUUUAAUAGUCUAUUUCUUUUGUAAACUUGGAACUCAAUUCAGCAUUUAUGCUGCCUUGUUUUAAUUGUAUUUUGAUGUGUGUUUUUAAAAUAAAUACAGUACUGUACAAUACGGGAGUUGUUCAAUAUGUUUACGCCAUUUGGAACACCAGAAACUCCUGAGUGGGUGAAUUGCCAAUACAGGUCUUGGACCUGGAAAGAGCAUAUAUGCCCAGCCAGUGGUGUCAACGUCUGCCACCAAAUGAGGUUGUUGAUGAGCAUUAUAGAGUACUAACAGAAGGUUCCAAGCGUGUCAUUGAGAAGUUUGUUGUAGAACAAAACAUCCGUUAUGGUCCCUCUGAAGCUCAGAAAUUAAAUAUUGUGUACCCCAGUAGGGUGGUAGAUGAUGCGGCUGUGCUUGUAUUUAUACAUGGAGGUUACUGGGUAGCUGGAUGUCCAGAACAGAACAUUGCCAUUGCUGAACAGUUUGUAGAAAAUGGGGCAGUUUUUGUUUCUAUGGGUUACAGUUUAUCACCAAAAGCAUCACUACCUGAAAUAGUAGAGCAAGUGAAGUUGGGUUUUGCUUUAAUUUUGAACAAGUUUUCAAACUCGCGGUCGAUAUACGUGUCAGGACAUUCAGCUGGAGGUCAUCUGGCUGCAAGAAUUCUAGAAGUUGAUUGGUCAAAGCAUGUUGGUUCAGCAAACAAUCCUCUAAAAGGUGCUGUUCUGAUGAGUGGGCUGUUUAACUUGCUCCCCCUUCUUCACACCUCAGUCAAUGAUGGUGUAUGUAUGUCUGAGGAAAUUGCCAAGCAAGAAAGCCCGAUAGAACACAUCGUUGAAGUAGGUAAGCAAUGUAAGCAGUUAGAACUUGUGCAUGUUGUGGUUGGUGAGAUGGAGUCCCCUGAAUUCAAAGAACAAUCUAUGGACUAUGCUAAGGCUUGCAAGGAAGCAGGUGUAAAUGCACAGUAUAAAGUAAUUUCAAACGUGGACCAUUUCAACAUGAUAGAGAGAUUGUUGGGAGAUGAUUAUAUCUUGACACAAAUGAUUCAGAAGAUGAUGGCACUAGAUAUUCAAGUUAAAUCCACAAAUGAUUAAACAAAAGUGUGCAUGCUGCAGAUUAUUUUACUGAAGUUCAGUUUGUUAUGCAAUCUAUUACUGUUAACUGUUGAAGAAAAACGUGUGGAGCAGCAUGCAAGGCAUUCUUUCAAUCAAAAGGUCAGAGGUUAGAGAGCGAUGCUCAUCUCUCUGCUCGUGUCUUGGAGCAAGACACUUUGUCUGCAUUUGCCUCUCUUCACCCAGAGUAUAAAAGGGUACCUGGUAGGAGGUGAACGAUUUGGAAGGAAUUAAAUAAGUGCUGAUUACAUGCAAAACUAGGAAGUUUCCCCAUUGUGUACAAUUGAUUCUGUAUCCAAAUGACCAAGGAAAAAAAGAACCUUCCAGUUUUCUGGAUACAGUACUUAAAUUCUAUAAAAUAAUAUAACUAUAAGUUGCCAAAUCUCUCAAACAAUUAUUUAUAAGUAAUAUCAUAUUUUGGUAAGUAAACCUUAAAGAAUAAAAUAAAUCAGAGGGGUUGGGUGUGGUGGGCCAGAUGAUCACCUGAGCAUUGCUGUACUGUAGUUUAAAAGGCAUGUCUGAUUGAUUUUUUUAAUGUGUAAAAAAAUUUUUAGACUUUUGGUAGCAUUAGAAAUUAGCACUGAAAUAUACAGUAUUUAUAUAUUUAAUAGAUUUUAGGUUCACCACUUGUCAAAAACAUAUUGAAAGUGAAGAAUUAAAACCGGAAUAAGGCAAAGUA